AUGGGGCUUUCUCAGAGGGGCCACCCGGUGAGCAGUGACUCUGCAGGUGCGGCAGGUCGUUUCAAGCGGCAGCGCGUGCGUGAAGCGGAGGCGAGGCGUCAGGAGCAGCGCGUUGAGGAUGUGCUGACCCACACUACUCACAUCGUCGACGCGAUCGCCACGAUCAAUGGAAAAUACGUGCUCACUCUCAACGAUGAGCGGGCACGGCUAGUGCACCAGGUGACGGAGCUGCAGACACAAUUGACGAAGCACCAGCGGCAGCAUGCUGAGGACACCACCCAUCUGGUCUUGAGUGAGUUCGCGCGUCUUCGCGGGGUGGUGAGCAGCGGCGUAAAGGAUCGGCUCCUUCAGUCGCUGCGGGAAGAAGCAAAUAAGGGCCACGCUGACGUCUUCGACGCCGUCUCGGCGCACGUGGAUGAUGCCCUUCAGGGGUCCCUUGCCGUGGCCGACACCGAACUGUCGGCCGAGCGACAGCUGAAUCACACUCUGGUGCAGCAACUACAGAACUACACGCAAACCCUUCUAAGGGAAGUGAAGGGCGCCACGUCACGCGCCUUUCGGGCUGAAGUGGAGGUGAUGCAGCGUGAUGUGCUCGUGGCGAAGCUGCAGGCAGCCUGCGUUUUCGCCCAGAACCGACAGGUUCGCCAUGAGCAGGAGGUGGAUGCGCUCAUGCGGGUGGUGGCGCAACUCGCUGAAAAGAGUCGCUAUGCCGAGUCGGCGCGGGCAGAUGUGCGCCGAGCGAAGCACCACGUACGACUACUCGAGCAGCACCUUGGACUGAACGAGAUAGUGGCUGCCGUCCAGGCCGAGAUGACGCGUGCGCCUUCUGACGCAUCUGCGGAGGUCCGUCAGAGCAUCAGCCCACCUCUAGCACCCGAUCCGUCGCUGCGGUCUAGUGCGCCACACUACUUUGCUAUGAAGAUGCUGGAGCACAAGGAGGUGACGCUGACGGAGCUUGUCGACUCAUGGCAACAGCAGGAGUCACGAAUCAUGGAGGCAGAGCAACGCUAUGCACGUCUCGAAGGCGUUGUGAGCCGGGUGCAGCGUGAUGCCCUCGUCGUACAUCAGCGCUAUCUGGAGGAGAAGCAGCGCCGCGAGAUUGCUGAGAGACGAAUUACAGACAUGGUGCGGGAGCGUCUUCACCCACAGAAGGAUCUUGCCAUCUCACAGGAGGUGCAGCGGCUGCGGUGGGCAUACACCGAGGUGGUGGACGACGCUGCUCAGCUGGCCGUGAACCUAAAGGUGUGCCGGGAUGAGCUUCAGCGCUCACAGGAGGACGCGGCUCGUUUGUCUGCCCAAGUGCGGCAGCUGCAGCGCGAUGCUGAGACGGACCAGGUGGCGCUAACCAUCCGAGAACUCCGCAACGAGUACGCUGCGCGCGUGCGUGACCUCGAGGAGGAGUCGACACGAGCCGAGAUGCAGCUGAGCCUCGCCCAGCGUGUGUCAAAGCAGUACGGCGCCGCUGCCACGGAGGCUACGGCAGCACUACAGCGGGCCGCGCAAGCCAACCGGGAGCUGAGCUCUGCAGCGCUGCAGGUGAUUUCUGGUGACCGUAGCACCCUUGCGACCUCGAGCUCCGCGUGGAGGGAGGAGGUGGAGCUGGUAGAGGCGCAAGCGGAGAGGCUGCUGUCCGCGACAGCGGCAGCGAAGGAGUUUGCAGCUGCUCACGGCGAGUUGUACGACACGCAGAUGGAGGCGCUUAUGCGCCAGUGGACCCUCGUGAGGGAGGCAGAGAUGCAGGUGAGGGUGCCCUCCACUGCUGACAGCCAACUAGGCGAGGGGAGGCUGCCGACAGUCGGCCACAACUCGACCGACGACUACACCGAGUCGCGCACACUUGUCUCCUCAUCCAUUGCAGCUGAGGAAUCGAUGGACAAGGCGAACGCGGUACUAAGCGCCUCCCAGUUUGCGCUGCGUGAGGCACUUAUGCUGCUGAACGCGUCCCUGCAGAGCACGGACGUGGAGAGGUCCCACCUUGUGGAUGCGUCUUUGUCGGAUGCCCAGUAUGUGACUGAGUUGAUUGCAGAGGUACGUCGUGUCACGGCAGAGCGGGAUAGGCUGCGUGCACAGGUGAACGUGUGCCAGGAGUUGUUAGAGAAGAACCACGUGACAGUGGUGGAGCGGGCGCUGAUGCACGACGUUCCUGUAGAGGACUCUCUCAACGUCGCCGAGGCAACGGAGCGCAUUGAGGUGCUAAAGAAUCAGCUGGCAGCGGCAAAGCAGGUGUGCGAGCGUGCUUUGAACGAAGUGAAGCAGGUCACGGCUGAGAAGGGCGACGUGGAACUGCGCCUCACAGAGCUGGCACGCGAACACGAGGUGCUGCAGAGGCACACGAGCCGUCUUACAGAUAGGCUGCACGAGAGCCUAGCGAGAGAAUCCGAGCUGAGGGAGAAGAACAUGGCGCUGCAGACCCAGCUCACCGAUCUUGUCCAGCUGCCAGGCGUACCCACAGUGGAGGCAGAGGCGUCGUCGAUAGCACCGCACACCACUGCGGCCCGCCUCACGGAUCUUUUCUCGUCUCUUCAGGAGUCGUUGGGCAGUCUCAGCGUGGAGGUCGGCGCCCUGCGCCGCGAGCGAGCCGACGGAGCUUCGAGAGAGACGGACGUGGGCAGCGGCGACAACAACGGCCCGGACGCUGACGGCGUCGACGAUGCACUGCUAGUUGACUCUCUUAGUCGCUCCGGAAUGAUGAGCAUCGUGCGUGUGUUGAAGGAGACGUUGCACAAGGCCGGUUUACUGAAGGUGUCGCUGAGGAGCGUCGCUGGUGCCCAGGCUGCUGGACUGUGUGCUGCUGCUAAGGUGUGCGGCAACGCUGACGGAGGCAGCGGCGCUGCGUUGACUGCAAACGUUGUGCCGCCUCCAUCGCCUGAGACGCAGCAGCGAGCACUCGAGUACCGCUACUCUCUGCUAGAAGCCAAGCUCAUGAGCAUGGUGGCGGAGCGGCUGGAGAUGCAGGGGCGCUUGCAGAAGGCAGAGAAAACCAUAGCAGACAUGGAGGCGGCAAAUCAGCGCCUUCUCACCAUCUCGAAGAGCGUGAUCGAGAAGCAGAAUACGCUCAAGACAGAAAACGAGCAGCUGCAGGCACAGCUGCGACAACUAACUACUGCCGCCAACGCCGCAUCAACACCGCUGCCAGAGCUUCUAGCAGCGCCGGGACUUACCACGGCACCCGUGAGUGCUCAGAUGCCGACGCCGCAUGAGGGUGCGGUGACCCCUAUCCCAUACGCACAUGCGGUUGGGAUCUCAGUCCCAUCGGAGCAUGUCGAGUGGAGCGCCACCGUCGCUCCGGCGUAUUCGACAUCGGCAAUGCAGCCGCGAGCACCCACUCGGAUCGACGAUCCCCCUGUGGCGAAUGCAUCGCUGCCCCACUCUGGCGUGCCGGUCCCGCAAGAGCAGAUCGAGGAGGGUACUGGGAGGGCGCCAGAAGGUGUGGCUGCCAACGUGGCGGUCACGUCCUCAUCGGAGCCAAUAAACGAGAAUGUCGUCCCGCAGACGGAGGCAUCGCUGGUGGCGGUGGAAGAUCUAGCGGAGGCGGUGUCCGGGCCUGAGGAGUGA